AAUUUUAACAACCGUUGGAGCCAAAACGGGUUUAAAUUUCUCCAUGACAAAACCCAUUUUCUCUUUUACUCUCUUUUUGCUUUAAAUGUAAUUUUUAAGCCAUAUAAUAUUACUUUUCUAUUAAACUAUAAUUAUUUCUUCAAGUCUCUCUACCACCACCAUGAAAAUGUACAACAACAACAACAACAACCACCUUUGAAAUUUGAACCAUAAGAGAUACUUGUCUCUGUCUUUCUCUCUUUCUUUGUGUGUUGUGUUCCAAUGGGGUGUUUCCUUGCUUGUUUUGGGUUUUCCCAUAAAAGAAAGAUUAGAAAACCAGCUCAUAAGAGAUAUGGGAGUUACAAGCCACUUGAUUCAUCAUCCAUAACUAUAGUUAGACUUAGUUCUUCUCAUAAGAACCCUAUUACUGUAGGAGAUUUUGAACCAAGGCACAAGACUAAGGAGCAACAACAAGAACAAAAACCGAGCUCGAAAAUCAGAAAGAAAGUUAGAUUCAAUCUAAAUGUGCAGACUUAUGAACCAGUCUCAACAUCUUAUGAUAAUUUCUUGGAGAAAGAAGAAGAGAUUCAUGAUGAGAAAAUGGAAAUCUUGUCUACUUCAAAGGGUUCUUUCAACUUAAACUACAGAUACCGAAACUGCAGUGACUUUUAUGAUGAAGAGGAAGAGGAGGAGGAUAUGGCUUUUGAGGACAGUGAUCUUUAUGAUGAUGAUUAUUACAAUGAUGAUGAUGAGGAAGACGAUGAUUAUGAUGGCGAUGAUGAUAUUGAUAUUGAAAGAGUAAGCCAUACAAGUUCAGAGAAGAAAGUUAUUUCUUGUGAAAAUACAGAUGGUGAGAAAAUCAAUAGUACUACUACAUCACUUCAUUCUGUUCUAAAACCAGUUGAGAAUAUCAAUCAAUGGAGAGAAGCCAAGGCAAAAACAGCACCACUUAAGCAACAAAGGAAGGAGAACAUUCAAUUAUUUCGACAAUCAAGUUCUUCUUGUUUAUCGCAGCAGCAGCAGAAGCAGCCUUUCGAUUACCAAUCCAAGCCUCUUUUGCAAGAAAUUGCUGUUGAUUCCAGCCUUUCAAGUUGGUUAACUUCUAAAACUAUUCAAUCAGUUUGAUUGAUACAAUAUAAACCCUUCUUCAAGAAUUUCUUUCUGGACAUUUUAUCUUACACAAAAAUAGAAAAAGAAAAAGAAACAGGCACUACAAAGCUCAAGUUCUUGGGGUUGGGGGGUCUGCAUAGUGUUGUUUGUUAUCUAGGUACUCACUACUUAGCCUAAAUCUAGUGUGAAUUUUUUCAAAGGACAAAGAAAGACAGCUAGCUAAUUCAGAUACAAAAAGGAAAGAAAGAAUCUUUGGAAAAGAGCAAGUUGGGUUUGAUAUUUUGUCAUAUUGUUGGAACAACUUUCCAACAGGGGAGUGAGAAUUAUGGGUUUGGAUUGCUUGUGUUUUGUGCUUUUAUUUUUCUGUGUUUUUGUCUUUAAUGAUCUUCUGAUUGUCUCGUGAAUGAUAGGUUUUGGUUGGUUGUGAAGUUGUGUGUGUGAAAGAGAGCAUUUUUCACUGUCUUUUGGAGACUUAUUGCUUGGAUAAGAGACUGAAGAAUAUUGAACAAGUUUUUUACUACAUGUGUAAAUGUUAUUAUAAAAUUUGUGUAUUGCAAA